AUGACUGCUAACACAUGUCCUGGCAAGAAUGUAUUAUCCACGCACCGACGCAUCUCUGUAGGGGAAUGGAUCAUGGUCACCGGUGCGAACGGAUAUAUAGCCUCCCAUAUCAUCGACAUACUCCUCCAGAACGGCUAUCGAGUGCGUGGAACUCUCCGAUCUCACGAAGAAGCACCAUGGCUGGCCGAGUUCUUCGCGAAAGAGUAUGGAGAGGCAGUGUUCGAGGUUGCCAUUGUGACAGAUUUGACCGACUCGGCUGGGUUCGACCGUGCUGCUAGAGGGAUGUCCGGCAUUGUGCAUUCGGCAAGCAUCCUGCCAUCCACCUCCGAUGUCGAUGCAGUGGUGCCCCACGUGGUAGCUGGAACGCGCAAUGCUCUCGAUGCGGCGGCAAAGUCGGGGUCGGUCAGGAGUUUUGUGCUGACCUCGUCAUCGAUAGCCGCUUGCAUGCCGGAAUUCGUCAAGCCAAACGUGGUAGUCGAUGAAUACAGUUGGAACCAGGGCGCGCCAGCAGCCGCUUACAGCAAGGAAACGCCAGCGGAGGCACUUCCGCUAAUGAUAUACGCUGCGUCAAAAACUCUGGGUGAGCGUGCCCUGUGGGAUUGGGUUGCGUGGAAACACCCACACUUCAGCGUCAACGCCGUGCUUCCAAAUUUCAAUAUGGGCAAACCAUUGUGCCCGAAAAUCACCACCAGCUCGAUGCCUCAUGUCCUGGCUCUCUUGGAUGGUGCGAAGCCGCGGACUGAUAUCAUCCAGCCACAGUAUUUUGUGCACGUUCGAGACAACGCGCGCCUCCACGUCGCUGCACUACUUGAUCCCACCGUGCAGUCAGAACGACUCUUCGCAUUUGCGGAACAGUUCAACUGGAACGACGUCGUGGGCAUUCUUCGGAGGUUGGAACCUGACAACAAAUCCAUUCCGGAUGGUCCCAAGGACGAACCUCGCGAUCUUACCAAUGUGGACAAGGUAAGAAGGCGAGCUGAGGCACUGCUGAAAUCCAACUUUGGGGUUAUGGGAUGGACGGGUUUGGAGGAGAGUUUAACAGAAGCAUUGAAAAGAACUUGA